GUGGGGGAGCAAGCGUCGUGUGUUGUCUGAAAUGAUUGGAGACUAUAACAAGCUCUGCUAGGGAGUAGGCCAGGAGGAGCGGCCAAUGCGAAUUUCUCCAUCUCCUCAGCCUCAGGCUCAGGCUGCACUGAAGGCAGAGACGCGAUGGCCAAGCUCCACCAGUGGCCAGUACUCCUCCUCGCCGCCGUCAUCGUCCUCGCCGCCUCGUUCGCGGUGCCGGCCUCUGCGGCGCGGCGGCGGGCGGUGCGGCUGCACUUGUACAUGCACGACAUCGCCGGGGAGACGGCCGUGCAGGUGGUGAAGGGCACGGGGCCUCUGCAUCCGUCAAUGCCGCCGGGAAACAGGCACUUCGGCGACACGACGGUGAUGGACGACCUCCUCACCGAGGGCCCCAGCCUCGACUCCAACCCCGUCGGCCGCGCCCAGGGCUCCUACGUCCUCGCCGGCCUCGUCGACCCCGUCGUCGUGGUCACCGCCACCUUCAAGCUCACCCACGGGCCCUACAACGGGAGCACCCUCGUCAUCGCCGGCCGCGACGAGGUCCUUGCGGAGGUGAGGGAGCUGGCGGUGGUCGGCGGGACGGGGAAGCUCCGGCGAGCGUCCGGGCACGUGCUGUGGAGGACGCUAGAGGUGUUGGAGGGGGCGCACUAUGUGCUGGAGCUGGACGUGUACGCCUCACUGCCCGCUACUGCUGCUGCUGCUGCAUCUGCUCUUGCUCUUGCUACCAAUUAAACGUCACCCUCACCCCUCCUCCUCAUGCUGCAGCCUGCAGUUGGGAAUGGAGAGGAAGAUUAAUAGUAUGAUGACUUGAGAGAAGGACCAUAUAUACCUCUGAAUCUCUGAUGAUGGGAAAUUAAGAGUUACAGGAUCACGUCUCGUCGACUACCUAUGGCGUGACUCAUCGUCACAUGCUCAUAGUGGCUAACUGGCUAUGGAUACUACUACUACAAUAAUCCAUUUGGCCACACAAUUUGUCACAAUGCCCUUAAUCAUUGUGCUUUUCAAUAAUUAACAUAUUUCAUGUUAUGAAUAAUACCAUCCAUAUAUAAACUGCACUACGUCUCAGCGUCGAUUCAAAGACCGAUAUCGAUGCAGUUUA